UAUAUGCAAAUGAGCGUUYCCCGGUUGCCAAAUUAAAAACAUCAUUCUUUGAUCAGCCAUGAGACACAUUCUCAAACACAAGAAAUACCUUUUCUCCUUAUUUUUCUUCGCCGUUCUUGGCUAUUCAUUGGGUUUUGAGGCCUAUGAAUAUUCUGAUUAUGAACCAGAGWCCUCACACAGGAGUAGACGUGCUGUAGCAGUAUAUGAUCCACCGCAACCUUCGCAGGAAUUUCCAGCCAUUUUAUUCUCAGACUUGUAUUUCAAUAAUGAUACCUCCAGUGGUUACUUUCAUCGCCUUCGGCCAGGAGAGUUUCGUGUCUGGGGUAGGACAGURGCUAAUCAAGAGCGGCAGUUUCUGUUUAGGUCMAUGCUCUUUAUGCCAGAUGCAAAUGUGUCCUUUAAAGCUUGCUGUCUGACUGGUAACACCUGGUCAUCCUCCCCUAACAAAGUAUCCAACAUUUCCAACAUCCAUCUCUGGAUGUUCGACAACCAAGAUGUUGGUGCUUCAAAAGGAAUCUUCUACACAUCCUGGACRCAGUGGAUGAUGGACUUUUCCAUCCGAGUGGAUUGUCCGGUAGGGGGAUGUCAGCCAAUUUCUUGUGCAAGGACUUGUUAUUUUGGUACCUGCGGCAUUGAUGGGACUUGUCAGUGUACAAAUGGGCAUUCCGGAGCUAAUUGUGAAACUAGACCUGCAGCAAAUGAUCCCUACCCCACCCCCUCACACCCCUUACUUUUGUUCCCUGAGAAAAAUUUCCAGGGRACACCUGAAAAAGUGGUUGCUGACAAAUUAACAGAAUUUGCCACAAACGAACAAAAACAGAAAAAAAUGAAGUACAAUUCUUUGCGGGUUCUCUACACAAGACCUCUGGUCUUCUCAAGAAUUGAUCACAGCGUGACAUCACAGGUAGCGGUUGGCUCCGACAUACAGGACAUUCAAGGGUACAUGACAGCAAAYCCUGAUGUCGCAAAUGUAAUUUGGUUUAACUAUGCUAAUGAUAUUGAUUUGARGUUUGGAGUCAAGGUAGAAGAUGUUCCAGCUUGUCAGAAUUGUAGUUUGACGCAUGGUUCUUGUUAUACUGGGGCAUGUGUUUGCAUGGAUGGAUAUAGUGGUCMAGACUGUGUUAUUUCACCUUAAUCUAGUCAUCAUCAUUUAGUGAUGCCAUCUAUAU